GGCGGUGCGUGACGUAGGAGGAAGAAGCCGCCAUUAGGGGCAGCGGGCCCGCGGCCGGCGGGCAGGUUCUGGUGCCGUGUCUCUUUUCAGUUUGUCUCUCCGCGGCCUCGUCGGUGCCUCCCCAUCCCCGUUGGCCCCUCUUCCCCGCGGGCCCUCGUCCCGGUGGGCGGCGGUGGCGCCGCGGUGCGGCCCGUUGAUGUGAGGCGCGGCUCGGCUCGGCGGCGGGGCGCGGAUGGCGGCGGGGGCCGGCGCGGCGGCCGGGGGCCGCAGCUUCUCCUUCAAGGUGGUGCUGCUCGGGGAGGGCUGCGUGGGCAAAACCUCGCUGGUGCUGCGCUACUGCGAAAACAAGUUCAACGAUAAGCACAUCACCACCCUGCAGGCAUCUUUUCUUACGAAGAAACUAAAUAUUGGUGGAAAAAGAGUAAACCUUGCAAUAUGGGAUACAGCUGGUCAAGAAAGAUUUCAUGCCUUGGGGCCUAUCUACUACAGGGACUCAAAUGGCGCUAUUCUAGUAUAUGAUAUAACAGAUGAAGACUCUUUUCAAAAGGUAAAAAACUGGGUUAAGGAAUUAAGAAAAAUGUUGGGAAAUGAAAUCUGUUUAUGUAUAGUAGGUAACAAAAUAGACUUGGAAAAAGAGAGACAUGUUUCAGUGCAAGAAGCAGAAAUGUAUGCUGAAUCUGUUGGAGCAAAACAUUAUCAUACGUCAGCUAAACAGAACAAAGGAAUCGAAGAACUGUUUCUUGACCUUUGCAAAAGAAUGAUAGAAACUGCUCAAGUGGAUGAGAGAGCAAGAGGCAAUGGCUCCAGUCAGUCAGGAAUAGCAAGGCGAGGUGUACAGAUCAUUGAUGACGAGCCACAAGUACAGAGCAGUGGAGGGUGCUGUUCUUCUGGAUAAUUAUAAAACUGUGCAUCACUGCCCUCUCAAUAUGAAGACUGCCAUAUUCCAAGUCACACGUUCUUUACCAAUGGAGUAAUAGAAUUAACAGUAUUUAAAAAUAAUCACAUGUAACACUGCAGAGACCUUAAGUGCUAAACUAGUGGCGUCUGUGACCAGAGAAUUGGCGUUUUCUACAGUGGUUAACAAAGCAAUUACCAAUGGCCUUUUUACAUAUUUUUCUUUAAUGAGGAAUAAUAUGCAUGUAGAAAAGACCUACUUAAAGGCUUCAUUUAUAUUCUUUUAAAUCAGAUCAUUAUUUAAUAACUUAUAUACAUUGUUGUUGGAAUGGUAUACGUUUUUGCAGCUCUUUGUACUUUGUGGUAGAUGGAAUUGUAUCACUUCUAAAAUGCAAAUUGAUUUUUUUUAAAUUAGCAGAUAUCUGAACUAAUAUUUUUGCAAGGCCUCCACAAGCCUAUAACUCAACUACUUUGAUAUAUUCUGUUCAUCUGUAUGCCAAGCUGAUAAAAUACAUUGUAAAUUACAUAUUAAAUAUUUUAUCUGCUUUUACAGUUGCAGGUGCAGAAAUAUGUACAUCAGUCUUGUCUGUGAUUGUGAAGUGAAUAAGUCAGUGAAAGAUGCAAGCUUUUCAUGUGCACUGUUAAAUGACUCAUUUUAUUCCCCUACCUGAAAAAAGCUUUGUUUUGGGUACAUCCAUAGCUACAGCAAUUCUUUAAUCCCUUUCUGGCAAGCAGCAGUAUUUAGAGUAUCCCCUUACUGGAAGAGAAUGCUUCUGUAAACUGCUGUUUAGCGUUGAGGUGUUUGACUUGCAGCUAAAACAGUUGGUGCAUGCACAUACCUUGCCUCUGCAGUUACUUUGUUCUCUCAGAAGAUCCCCAGAAAGUCAAAGCAACUUAGCCCUCAUCUAUCUGGUAGCCAGCAAACCAGAUGCAUGGGAAACUCUUUAGCUGCUCUAAUACGUUUCCAAAGACAGCAUUAUAAACUAUUCAUGAGCAUAUUUUUUUCCCUGUAGGGCUUGAGUGAACAAUUAAUUGGCAUUAACUAGAACUUCUAAUUUGGAGUGAUUAAAUUGAAGAUGUGAAACUUGCCAGAUGUAGCUGUAACUAAGGGGAUUCUAGGCAGAAUUGAACUUAUUUCCAACUUGCUCUUUCUCCUGUAAAGUGUUUUGAAAAAGCCCAUUUAAGUUUCAGGAGGAGGGUUUUCAGAAAAAAAUAUGUAAACUGCUAUUGCAAAAGAACACAGGUGGUGGUAGCUGAAACUUCAAAAUGUUUUGUGCUCUGACUUUUUUACUUAAGUUGUCAUGCUUGGAAAAACAGUAAAGGUGAUGUCUAUGACAAAGUAGAAUAUCCUUGGCCUUCCUUUUUCUGAAAGGUAGAUUUAGUAUUGCAUAUGAAUGCACUGAAUGGUGUGGGUGUGUUCUGAUACACAAAAAAGUAGUAGUAAUGAAUUAGUCUGUGUAAGAAGUGUGCUGUCUUCAAUCUGAUUUUUAUUUCCUCUGUAAUAAUAGAGGGCUUUGAUACAGACUGAUCCUGGUGCAUUUUCUCCUUUCCUGCCUUAACUGUGGUGUAGAUACUUUUUCUUAGACUAUCAUUGCUGUGCUCUUCUGAUGUGUUUGUGUGCAUGAUGGAGAAAGGUGGUCUGUUCAUGCUAGUGAAGAUAAAGUUUCUUGGCUGUACAGAGCUUUGGUGUGAACCGAAAAUCUGUGAUUAUAUAUGUCAACAUGUAGCAACACUGUUACCUUUCACUUAUCUUAACAACAGUGAGCUGUUGAAAACCAGAUCGGUUUGAUCUAACACUGGUAUCUGACAAUCAGCCUUGUAAGUGACACAAUAUAUGAAGAGUGAAAUUGUCAAGUCUUGAUGUUCAAGAAUGGAAUUGCCUCAGAAUAGGAGUUUCAGGUUUUUUGAUUCAAAUUUAAUUUUUUUCCGUCUCUGCAAAUAAAACCCCAAACAGCCCAACUUCAACUAGACAUAGUUGAAGCAGUGUGUAGAAUGUAUCUUUCUUCCUGCAGCUAAAGAGCUUUUUGUGUAUUGUGUGGUAGGGGCAUCCCAUGUGACUUCUGUCAAUUACAAAACUAAUGAAGGCAUGUUGAUACUAGCUCUUAAGUCUCUUAUAGAAUUAAAACUAUUACUACUGAGAACUUAGGUGGGGAUAAAGAAGUCUACAAUUUUGUAAUACUAAAAAGGUUCUGCUUGCUAUUAGUGAAAUAUUUUUAAAAUAAAUUGUCAAGUCACUUUUCUUUCUUAAGCUACAACAUAAAUAUUCACUGGAAACCUU